CGAAAAGGCAAAUAACUACGACCUUGUCCUAUCUUGAAAAAUAUUAGCAGCAUUAGCAGAAAACUUGAACCUGAAGCUAGAGGAGUACUAGAUCUAGUUACACGCACAUUCAUAGAUGGAACAAGAACAAGAUGUUUCUUAGAGGAAUGUUCGGCGAGCAAGAGGAGCCAGAAGCUCCAAGCAGGAAGGAGGCAACUUUCGCAGAAGUCAUCUCUUUAUCUAGCCCGCCGGUGGGAGCGAAUAAACAGCAGAUGAGUGCACCUCUGGGUCUGGUAGACGUAUGCGACUCGCUAAGUUACGACUCGAGUCAAUUUCUCUGUUGCUGACACGAACAUGAUUUGCGAGUUUCCUUAUAAAAACAACAUGCGAAGUAGUGUUGUCUUCCUCUCGCAAAAAAUUGAUUGUCCUCCCGCCCUAGUAGAGAUACUGGCAUUUUUACAAACUACCAGAGGUGGCUAUUUGUUUCCUUGUUCUAUGUCCAGCUAGAUUGAAGUCCACAUUCUAGAAGCUUUCUCUCCUCCUCCUUCCAGUUACAAUCAUCCGUAGCCAUUUUGGCUCAAGGAACUUCAUAAUAUUUUCCCCUUUGGCUUAGAGGUGUGCUGCAGAUCUUGAUUGGCUUCUUCCUUUUUAUAAGGAUGAGGUUUACGCCCAGCGACCCUUCAAGCACAUAUGUAAAACAACCGGCUCGCUUUCACCUCACCAAAUCUAGGCUUAUCCCGUGCAACGAAAUCAUCAUUGAUCAUUUUCUAAGCAAAAACGCUAGCCCUUCCAGACCUAGAAUCCGAAGUGCGGAGAUUGGAGGAGUCUUUGGAAUACACAAACGAGGCGAUUGAGGAGCAAGAGCAAAUGCUGGAGGCAGUGAAAACUGCUCAUAAGACUCGAAUGAACAACCUGGUUGCAGAAGCGCGUAAGCGGAAAAAAAAGAGGCGCUCGAUGGAAGGAGUAGAUGACAUGUAUGGACCACUUCUACACCCACGCACACAGCGGCAGCUGAAAGUUCUGAGUUCUAGGCUCAGACUGUUUUUCAUUUCCUGUAAAAAGAAUAUUAAGUAUGUCUUUGGUCUUCCUCGGUCUAUCCUAUUAAUUUACUGGGUAGUUUCACUUUCAUCUGGAAACAAGUCCAAACAUUUUCAGGAGUUCUUUUCAGAGCACUAGUUGGUAUAACAAGACGAUUCCCCUCCUCUCGUUUUUUCAUUUCAUUGAGCGGUGGAAGAUUCUAUCGCAAGCCUACAGGACUCGGAGUUCAGUAUGCAAGAGCCAGCAGCGAAAUCAACGAAGACCUUGAAAGAACGAAUUGAAACGGUAAUAUGUAGCCAUGAUAUCUUGUAGUUUGUUCUGUAGAAGAAAGACAUCGUGCCCGUGAAACGAUAUUAAGUACUAGUAAUUUGAACUGCAACUGGUUUAUUACUGAAAGUAGAUGAAUAUGAUUGCAAGCAAUGUUUAUGUUUAUAUCAGAUUGUUUCCUACCUCCAAGCAUUCUGCUCCUGCUCACGACUACAGAUCCUUUCAAGGCCUAUAUGCUAUGCCUUGGAGGGUACUGCGGCUAACGCUUCCUCCACUGGUGGGAACUCCAGUACGCGGCUACAGCUCGAUCGCCCUCUUUACGAGUCCCUACUUCGACGAGUUCGUGGCAAGGAAGAGGAAAUCUCGCGAUUGCAGAAACUGAUGCACGACUCAGAGCGUCUGGAUUUGGUCAUAUCCCAAGUAAGACGAAAAGGAGGUGGAAGGUACUACUGGAACAACGUCUUUGCUCUUGAUUAAAGGAUUAAACUAAUUUGUUUUGAGAUGGUACGGGCGCCGCGAGCGCGACACGUGCGAGGCAAUAGGGUCACGCGCGAACAUAAUAAUGAUGAUAAAAAUAAUAAUAACAACUUGAUGUUGCUGUUGACUUAUUGAUCCUGCUGUACUACAACUUUUCUCGAGCAAUUAAUACGUACAACAGCCAUCAAAGUACCCCAACAUUUCCUCACUCUCACACAGUUCCGACUAUCAUCGCUCCAUGGAGCCUUUGCAGGAGGAAUUCAAGCAGUUGAUUGAAACGUACGAAACCACCGUGGAAAGACUGAGAAAGUAUCCACCAGCAGGCGUGGUUGAGUCUCCUGAAGAUGCCUAGGAUACAACACAACACAGGAAAAAAGAUCUGCCAGGACGAGCAAAAAUGAUGACGUCAUAGUAGACAAAGCUAGAGACCUGCUGUUCUGAACAACAUUUGACGAAGGACGAAAACGACUAGGCAUUUAACGAACCAAAAUACCGUUACAUCACUGACGCAUGCAUAGUAAAAGUUGAAGAAACGGCGCGCUUGAGUUGUUCCAGUGGACACUGUUAUGACAAGUUUUCAUUUGCACAGCACAAAGAAAAUCAAUGAACAAGAGCAUCUGAAAACAGGAACAAGAACUGCCGCGCGGCAGUCUGCACUGAAAACUGUGCGAGAUUAAAUUUGUAUUGUUGUAUUGUAUGAACGUCUCUGAAAGAAGUUUCUCUAUUGCAUGCUCCGAUGUUGAAGUGCAUGGCGGUUGUUGCAUUGCCGACUCCGGAAAAGAAACUUGUCCGUGUUCCUUGUUAUGAAGUCAGACGGUGGACUACAGUACUGAUGUCCCUCCAUAUGCGAGUGCUCACGUCCAUCUAUUCUGCACAUUCCUCUCUGCUGCACCAGAUUCAUGACGAGAGUACCUUGCAGUUGCAGUGACUCGAUGUAGUGUGUGAUGAAUCCGCUGGUAGUGUUUUAUCACUACUUCCCUAAACAUCAACACGUCAUCUUCUACGGCGCAUGAUUGCACUACCUCAAUCUCUGCAUGAGAUGGAGUUCUACUUGCUCUCGGUCUACUUUCCUACUUCAAAC